AUCUGUUGUUUUGAACCGUCAACGUCGUUUCUUGGUGCUGUGACACAGAAAUCUCCCUGUAAAUCAGCAAUAUUCUUGCCAAAUUUUGGGUGCGAUACAUUUCUCACCUAGCGGCCCAUUAGUGUAACUGAACACAAAAACAAACAACAUACAAAUCAUGGAGGAAACUAUCAGAGAAGAACUGAUUCAGUUUUUAAAGCAGAAAGUACCAGCUGAAACCUUAAGUUCUGUAGAUGAAAUUGUUCUUGGUUAUAUUGUUAAUGUCUUGGAACAACUUGGUGAAGAUGAUGAGUUUGAUGUGGAUGACUUCUCUGAAAUAAUGACUGCUUAUAUCCCAGAGUUUGAUGAAGUCAAUAGGGAUGCUGUUCAAAGUUGGAUGCUUGACUUAGCAGACAAGCUAGUCAAGAGUAGAACUGCAAGGAAUACAUGUAGUUUCUCAGAUGCUUACACUGUGAUGAGAGAAGACAAAUGCAGCAGAUCAGUGGCCAGUUUAGAGCCAAAGAGUGUUCAAAGUGGUGAUAUUGCUAAAGAUCAUCAAAUAAUAACUUCACUUAGACAGUUUAGUUCCUGUGAACAGGGUACGAACAGUUUUGCACUUGAGACAGGCAAGCUCUCACCCUUGUCAAAGAGUAAUUGCAAUCAGGACACCAAAGCUGAGCACUAUAUCAAACUCAAAGAAAGUGUAGGCAAUGCAAGCUUCAGGGAAGAAAUUUUGAUGCUAACAGAGGUUUUUCCAGAGGCGUGCUCUUUAGAAAUACAAAACUGUCUGAUGGUGGCAAAUGGUGAUGUUGAGUCUGCUGUCCAACUGAUGCUAGUAAAGAAAGAAAACAUUGAUGAAGAAUGGAAGGAGAAUGUUCAUCAAACUGUAGACCAUGUUUCUCCAAAGACACAUCUUCCAACUGCGAUGAAAAGAAACUGGUUCGAUAUCGAGACAAUCAAGUCGUUAGCACAAAGGGUGAACGAUUUUCUUUGGUGAAGCAAGAGGAGUCUGAGGAAAUGAAGAAGACAUAUGUGAACAUCAAACCGGCACGGAAAUAUCGAUUCCACUGAUGUUUCAAAUUCUAUACCGAACGUGGAUGAACUGAACCCGCGCAGAAGAUAUUCAAGCCUUCAAGACAUACGCCAUGGCAGGAAACUUGUACGAUGUGGAAAGGCGAACUCUAUUGCAGUUUUUUCUACACCGAUUUGACGACAAGUUUUUAAACGCCACAAAAUUGAAAGCGAUCUGGGACAGAGCGGAAGACGAUCGCGCCUUAUUCGUUAUCAAGUGUUAUAGAUAUGAGAAGGAAUUGCUUUUGAGGGCAACUCAUAGAUAAUAAAUCAUCUUGCUUAAUGAAUUUAAGGCCAUUACAGGCUUUAUAAUUUAAAGCUUUCUUCCUCGCCAAGACGAAAUACAAUUUUAGUUCUGUUUACCUAAAGAAAACGCCUUAAGCGACAUAAGUCAUGUUAAAUUUGGACGUAGAUCGAUGUAAAUAUCUCUUUAUUGAUUUUUCUAUUUUUAAUCGUUUUGUUUGAACAUCUUUAUCACUUUUCGUGUUUGCCUCAUGUAACGUGUCGUAACACAAUUCACAACGUCUUUUCCACCGUGCGUAGGUUUCAAGAUUGUCAUAUUUUUCAAUUCAAGUAAUUGAUUUUUUUAUUUCAGGAUCGUAAAGUUCUUGACAGCUUUUGACAAUGUUGUGUUUGCUUUUUCGGUGCAAUCCAAAUGUAUACAGCUGCACUUUCUAAACAGAUUCUACUUCGUCAUGUUGGCAUUUGUCAUUUCUAAGCAAUGAUUCGAAAUUAUGACGCAUUUUUAACAAUAUAUGAUUUUAUUUCCUCUUGUUUAUACGGUCAGCAUAAUUAAAAUCUGAAUUACGUGAUAAGCUUUCUAUCUUGUGCAUACAGUAGCAACUGAAAAGGAUAUUUUGAAAGACAGGUAUUAACCCGUUCAUCGAAAAAUUACAUUCUCGUUUUUAUGCAGAUCUCGUUGAGUGUACAUUCAUUAUGGUGAAAGACAGCUACCUUGAUAAAACACCCACCACAUUUCAAAACCUUACUUUAAAAGCGCACUUAAGCUGUAUUUUAAUAUCUCGCUGAUAAUUAAAUACAUCAACCAGGCAUCUGCCUUUCUAUAUUUGAGAUAAAGGUCAGUAAAUUCUAUUAAGUAAAACUUAAUCUUUAUUCGUUUUGAUAUUAGUGUAAGAGGAACUGAAUUUCUUUUUUUUUUUUCUUUUUUUCUUUUUUUUUAAAUCAUUUUUUCAGUGCUAAUUCAAAAUUCGAGACUUCGUCCUAUUAACCUUACCAGCUGUUCUUUGUUUUACAAUUCGGUCAAUAAACGAGACACCCUUGCAUUA